UUUUAAAAGGACCCACGAUCUGCCACUUUAAAGCGGACGCGUCUUCUCUAUAAGUAUACACAUCCAGUGGUUAAAUAAAAUGUUCUAGAUGCGAUGUUUUUGUGUUAGUGAACAGAAGGCUUUUGAUUUUAGGCACAUCGUCAUGCUUUGAAGAAGAAGAAAAAACUGACUGAUGUCAAAUGGAAGAAACGUUUAAAAUGUGACCAUUACAGUUUUGCGUCGGUCCCUCUAAUGCCACUUUGUCGGAUUUAAGGGGGCGUCUCCUGGGAAUCAGGACAGAGGAUGUGUCUCGUUUUGUAGACGGGACGAGUGUAAGGAGAGCGGAGGGAAAGUGCGCUCUCCAUUCAGAACCACACACACGUUACUCUACCACCAGCGGCACACCACAUUCCAUAAACCUCGCACCUUUGCCGGAGAUCAUGUUAUGGACCACAAUGCUUUUAUCUUUUCUGCGUUGGUUCAAUCUUUGUCUCAUUCUCUCUUUUUAUUUUUACCGCUGUUAAUAAUUGCGCACAUGCAUCCACCUGGUCUUUCAGCGUUGUAAUGCCUAGCCCGUGCUCGAGAGAUGCCUGAGCGACGAGAUGGGCCAGAGCGACGAGAAAGACCGUGUUGUGAUUAACGUGGGAGGGAGUCGACACCAGACGUACCGCAGCACCUUGCGCACUCUACCCGGCACUCGUUUAGCCUGGCUCGCCGAGCCCGAUGCCCACAGUCACUUUGACUAUGACGCCCAGAUUGACGAGUUUUUCUUUGACCGCCACCCAGGAGUUUUUUCACACAUCCUUAAUUACUAUAGGACUGGCAAGUUACAUUGCCCCGCUGAUGUUUGUGGUCCUCUUUACGAGGAAGAAUUGGCCUUCUGGGGAAUCGAUGAGACAGAUGUGGAGCCGUGCUGCUGGAUGACGUACCGACAGCACCGGGAGGCAGAAGAGGCGCUGGACAGUUUCGGUGGAGGGCCAGCUGAAAUGAGCAUUGACGAUAUGGAAGGAGAUGGUUUGGGUGAUUCAGGGGAUGGAGAUGAGGAACUUGAGAUGACCAAACGGCUGGCCCUGGGGGAUUCACCUGACGCCAAGGCGGCGGGCUUGUGUCAACGUUGGCAGCGCCGUGUUUGGGCACUCUUUGAAGACCCAUAUUCCUCGAAAUAUGCAAGGUGGGUGGCAUUUGCUUCGCUGUUCUUCAUACUGGUUUCCAUAACCACAUUCUGCCUGGAGACACACGAGGCCUUCAACCCCAUCAUUAACCGCACAUAUAUUAACCCUCAUGACAACAGCUCCAGGACUAACCAGGAGACAGAGACAGUGGUCUACCUCACCUACAUUGAGGGUGUGUGUGUGGUGUGGUUCACCUUUGAGUUCCUCAUGCGUGUCACUUUCUGUCCAGACAAAAAGACGUUUAUCAAAAACACCCUCAACAUCAUAGACUUCGUGGCCAUCCUGCCAUUUUACCUGGAGGUGGGCCUGAGCGGGCUGUCCUCUUCAGAAGCAAAGGACGUUCUGGGUUUCCUCAGAGUGGUGCGAUUUGUCCGGAUCCUCCGGAUCUUCAAGCUAACACGACACUUUGUGGGACUGCGUGUUCUGGGACACACACUCCGUGCUAGCACUAAUGAGUUCCUCCUUCUCAUCAUCUUUCUCGCCCUUGGAGUUCUUAUCUUUGCCACUAUGAUCUACUACGCAGAGCGAAUAGGUGCCAAUCCCAAUGACCCACGUGCCAGCGAGCACACCCACUUCAAAAACAUCCCCAUCGGCUUCUGGUGGGCUGUUGUGACAAUGACCACAUUGGGCUAUGGAGACAUGUAUCCCCAGACAUGGUCAGGCAUGUUGGUGGGUGCUUUGUGUGCUCUGGCUGGUGUAUUAACCAUUGCCAUGCCUGUGCCUGUCAUCGUAAAUAACUUUGGGAUGUACUAUUCUCUAGCCAUGGCUAAGCAGAAGCUACCAAAGAAAAAGAACAAGCAUAUUCCCCGUGCCCCCCAGCUGGGCUCACCUAAUUACUGUAAGUCAGCCAUGAACUCGCCCCACCACAGCCCACCAGAUGACCAUUGCUCACUUCUUGCCCAGGAGGAGAUUUUUGAAAUGAACAGAGCAGAUCCCAAAGUGAAUGGUGAGGCAGCUAAAGCAGCACUGGCCAAUGAGGAUUGUCCCCACAUAGACCAAAUCAUUUCCCCUGAGGACGGCCAGAUCUUUAACCCAAGCGAGCCACGGGGAGAGACUUCUUGUUAUCUCCUGAAUGUUGGCAGACGAUCCACAAACAUGGAAACCAGAGUGAGGAACGGUUAUCAAAAGUCCCGAAGCCUGGGCACCAUAACCAGCAAGGCCCGAACGCUGGCCAAGGUGGUGUCAAUGUCUACUGGGUCCUGCAGCCCGCCUGUUCUCCUGCGGCAAUCCCAUUCUCCAAUCCCCUCCAUUCUCUAAGAAAUACAGCAGUGGUGUAGUUAGAGAUAUCUCCCUGGGUCUUCCUCCUGCUCUGCUGCCUUCUGUUCUCUGCAGUGUUUGAUUUGGUUUGGUCUGGUCUGUCUUGUUCUCAGGUCCUUGUCUUCUGGAACUGUUUUUUUGUCUCCUCUCUUCAUGUGUUGGUUUUUCUUGUUUCUUGUCUUUCCCUACUAGCUCUCAACCAAUACAAAGCCAUCAGAGAAACCUCUGUGUCCAAAACAUCUCAGGGAAAGUUUUAAGUAUUCCCUACUUACAAAUGUUUAUCAGUUAUAAAAUAACUGGGAUCAGAAAUCUAUACCUAACUUUAAGAACACAUUAUUGAGUCAGGGACCACUUCAGAACAGGAAACCUCUGGCAAAAAGACUUGUGUGUUUUGAAGAAAACCCUGCCUUCCAGGUUAAAUGGAUUUGUGUUAAUUUUAAAAUCCAGUUUUGGAAUUUCAAUGAUUCAUUAUGAUUUCACUUAUUAUUUGUUUUCAGAGUGUCCCUCUUUUAAGUGGGCACAUUCUUACAUAAAAAUCUUUCUCACAUCUGGAAAGACAACAACUUUCCAUUUGCUCUGGUGGAAUUCUCCUCUCCCCUCUCUUUUUAUAUGUUUAAUGAGAUCCAAGGUAGGAGUUAUCAUGGGCCACACAUUUCUCACUUUGCAAUGACCAGCCUGAAAUUGUUCUGCAUGACAGAGCCUCUAUGGCAAGAUAGACAGUGUCUCUCCUUCCUCUGCAAUUAUUUCACUCUCUCUGCAUUUCUGUCCAUCUCUCUUUUUCCAACUUUUCUGGAGAGUUUUUUAGAGAGAGAGAGAGAGAGAGAGAAACAAAUAGGAAUAGCGGCACUCUUAUUUAUCAGCCGAUUUUCUCCUCAUUCUGAGUUGAAUAAAAAACAAGGUCCAUUGGCAGGAUGACCCUGAGCAAUCCCAUCCUCCCCUGUAUUUUCUACUGCAGAUUCAUGCAAAGAAGAAACUGCCCUUGUUAAGUAUAUGCAGGCAGAGGUGCUUAAAGUGAGCUGAGAAGAGAGAAGCAUCUCAGAGGGAAAAUGAAAUCCCUUUUCUAGCCUUUUUUGACUCACAAUGGCAGGGAUUUGGGGCUGGAGUCCAAAGGAGGGACAUAUAUGUAGAGAGAAAGAGAGCACAAUAGAUCAUGUUGUUAGUGGUCACAGUGGCAAUGUUUUUAUUCAGUAAGAUUCUGUCUUUAAUGCCCUCUGAUUGAAUGAAGGAGCACAUGGACCAGGACUUUUUUUAAAGGAAGAACUUCUUAAGGAAGAAGGACAAUACAUCAGCUGAAGAGUGCAAUGGAUGGAUAUCUUAAAAAACAAGCAAAAUGAGUUUCAUUAUCACUAACAGCAGUACCUGCAGUGUCAUCAGUGACAGAUGUAGUGGACUCUUACCUGUUCCUUUUAGCAUGAGCAUGGUGUUACAAUAAAAAAGAGGAAAAUAUUCUAUAUAUGUUUUGAAUAUCUGUACAAAGCAAAUAUUUUCUUUGAGAGUUCUUCACUUUUGUAGAAUUUACAUGUAGCCAUGGAUAAUGAAAUAUUCAAAGACCAUGUUAUUUACAUCAGCAACAGAUUUCUUCAUUAUGUCUUUCAUUUGUUACUAACCAUAUAUGACGCUCUGGUCACAUUGACCUUACAUUCUGAACGAGACACUUUAGUGGUUACUGACGUAAGAUAGAUUGUAUUUUCUCAAGCUUUCUAUGUGAUAAAUUCAAACUUUUCAAAUUUGUUUCUGUCUGGCAUGCUUGUAAUUCUGGAUCUUAUAGAUAAAAAAAACUGAGCAAAAUGCAUUGUUAUUUUGCUGUUCUAUGUCAUUAUUAGUAAAUAGAUCCUGUGGAAAUCUAUAGUGAGCAACUGUUUAUUUCACAUAUCAAGUGAAGAUUUUUCAGUGUUAUUUUUCAAGGAAGAAAAAAAAUCAAAAACAAGAAAAAUCUCAUCACGUUAAGAUGUUUUACAUAUAUUUGCUCUCAUUUCUUUUAGCUACAAAACAAAGAAAAGGCAAACAGACAGAUGUACAUUUACAUCAUAAGUGAAUUGUAUGCAAUUUAGAACUUUAGAGGAAAACCAAUGCAUGCAUCAAUUAUGCAACAAUAACUGCAUAGAAAAACAUGAAUUCAACUAAAGCAUGAAAUAAAUUUUGUAUGAAAAUUGCAAGCGUAGUUUUUUUAUUAUUAUUAUUGGAAUGUAAUUUUUGCUUU